AUGGCGAUAUUCAUAUGGCUCUUUAUUGGGUUGUUUAUCGCGUACCUGGCAUCAGUCUGUUACUCGCACACAAUGGCGUCCAGGAGGAGCAACGACCAAACACUAUCAUACACAAGAGAGGAUCUGCUUCUGUACCGUUCAGUGGAUCACAAUUUGCCUGUGGACCUUACGGAUUUCCUGAGAGCCAAGAGGGUGGAAAGCAAACGCCGGCGGAAAAGAGAUCACAGAGGUGGUGUCAGACAGCGUCUUCGUCGACGAGGAUGCAGACCGCCGUUACCUGCAAUAAUCCUGAGCAACGUCAGAUCUCCACAACAAAAGAUAGAAGAACUACGCAUCAAAGCUAAAGCAUGCUUCGAGUACCGGGAAGCAGGUCUUCUGAUGCUUACUGAAACUUGGCUUCGCCCUGAGAUGCCCAGCUCGUUGAUAGAGCGCUUUCUGAGAAUCUUUGUGCUGUUUCCUGGGCACAAACCCGUGAGAGCCAUCAAAGAGGAGUUUCACAGGAUUGCAGAAUUCCUUUUAGGAUUUCCGAAUGUGGUUGGAUGCAUUGAUGGCACACAUAUUCCCAUCAUUGCACCUUCCGAAAAUGAAGCUGACUAUGUCAACAGGAGAUCCAUCCACAGUAUUAAUGUGCAGAUCAUAUGCGAUGCUGCACAUCUCAUUACAAAUGUGGAGGCCAAGUGGCCCGGUUCGGUUCAUGACUCACGAAUGUAUUGUGAGUCAACCCUGAGCAACAGACUGGAAAGGGGAGAGAUUGAUGGCUUUCUGCUGGGAGAUAGGGGUUACCCAUGCCGACCAACACUAAUUACCCCUUACCCAGAACCUGAACCAGGCCCUCAGUGCCGCUUCAAUGUGGCACACUGCAGGACGAGAGCCCGGGUGGAGAUGACCAUAGGCCUGUUGAAAGCACGUUUCCAGUGCCUACGUCACCUCAGGGUAACCCCUGAAAGGGCCUGCGACAUUAUUGUGGCAUAUGUUGUUCUCCACAAUAUUGCCAUAAUUAGUGGGGAGCAACACCCUGCCCUACAAAUACAAGACCCAGAGGAAGACCCCAUCAACCCCGCAGAUUUCCAGGAUGGAAGGAUAGUCCGGGAUACGAUAUGCCGAAAUGUCUUCACAGAUUAAUACACAUAUCCACCAUCACAACCAACCACAAAAUAAAAAU